GUAGUUAGCGCUUUAUUAGCCUGAAAGCUGGCAAAUUGUUACUUACAGGUUUAUUACCAAUCUUUUGUAAUUUACGGGAAAUCCUUGGUGAUGCUGACUUAUGCUUUACCUCAGUACUCCAUAUUAUUGUCAUUCAGAUGAUGAACUAUAUGUGUGGUUUUGAAUAUGUAUUAUUUUUUCUGAACAAUUUUGAUGUCUAGAAUUGCCAUCUUAGUUAAAUGAAUGCAUUUCACGGGAAGGACUGUGUGUUCCCUCGAGGAUAGUGAUGUUAAGAUAGUUUUCAUGAAGAAUAUGGAUUUAAAAGGUAUUGAAAAGCAGGUCAAAGAAAGUAUGAAGCAUAAUUAACACCUCUUUGUAUGUGAUUUUGUAGGUAUAAAAAAUCAAGUUUCAGUUACAAAAUUAUCUUAGUUGAGGUAGUUGAUGGCUAUCAUGAAAAGACAUUAAUUAAUGCAAUAAUGAAGCAUAGAAUUUACCAUCAUUGAAGGAGGGUGAUCUCAACGAUCAUGAGAAAAUAGAGGUGCUAAAGGAUAUGGUUGUUGCCCAUAAAUUCUAGAAUAGAGGUACUGUAAUUUUAUAAUAGGAAUUUGGUCCUAGAAAUUCUUAAAAAUGGAUGUGGUGAAAUGAAAGGUUUUCUUCAGCUAAUCAAGUCGAGAGUUUAUUAUUCUUUCAUUUCCGAAUUCAGAAUAAUGGUUCUUUCUUCACUUGGUUAUAGCUGAGUCAAUUUAAUUAAAGAGAAUAAAAAAUUGUUGGUUACUGACUUUUCCCCCAACAACGAAGUUUCAUGUCUGAAUUUGACAACCACAUUCCAAGUGCUUUUGAUCCAUUCGCUGAGGACUCAGGUGCUGGGGCUAAAGAUUACAUUCAUUUUCGUGUUCAACAACGUAAUGGGACGAAAAGCCUGACAACUAUGCAAGGGUUGAAGAAGGACUACAGCUACAAUAAGAUUCUCAAGGGCCUCAGGAAAGAGUUCUGCUGUAACGGUACUCUUGUUCAGGACCCUGAUUUAGGCCAGGUCAUACAACUCCAGGGUGACCAAAGAAAGAAUGUGUCAACAUUCCUUUUCCAGGCUGGCAUUGUGAGGAAGGAUUUCAUCAAGAUCCAUGGUUUCUAAGUUGGAAGUUACUAUAUGUAGGUGGCACCGCUUAUGCAUAGUCAUUAGAAAGUAGAAAUAUACAAUCUGAACUUAUAUUUUAGCAUAUCAAAUACUGUUGUGUAUGUGCAUCUUCAAAAAAUUUGAUACAGCUGUUUGUGAUUUUUUAAGAUUCAUGCUCUGUUGUUUGGCAAAAUUAUGUAUUCCUGCUUUGUAUUCAUGCAAUGCUUUGCGCAAAAAAUGCAGUUUGUGCGUAA